GCGGAGCCAGCCCAGCCAUGCCCAGCUUUGGGCUGGCGGCGCUGCUGCUGCUGCUGCUGCCGGCGGUGGGCGAGGGCCGAGGAGAUCCGGCAGAGUUGAUCUGGAAACCACCCAACAGCUCCUCUGUUGUCUAAGCCUCCUCGUGUCCCCGGGAGAAGCCCGAACGGACCCACCGGGGCCCCGGUGGUGAGCAGACACGAUGCUCGUCCUCAGGCAGCUGUCCCUGGAGGCUAAGGCCGCCGUGGCCGCCGGCGUGGUCUUCUUCUCCAUGAUGCUGUCCCGGACCUACGUGGGCGGGAGCGUCGGCCCCGGGGUCCAGCGCUGGCUCUUCCGCCUGCAGCUGGCCCUGUUCGCCAACGCGCUGAUGCUGAUCGGCUCCCUGUACAUCUGGCGGUGCACCGUGACCUCUCUGUGCCGCCCCCCGCUCUCCGGCUCGGCCUGCCUGGGCCCGUGGAAGGUGGCCGUGGGGACGUUCCUGGCCCUGGCCCACUCCAGCUUCUUCACCAUGCUCUUCCUCGUGGCCGAAGAGCCCUACCUGUUUUCCUUGGCGGCCUACUCCUGCCUCGGGGCCUACGUCAUCAUGAUCUUCUUCCUCUUCACCCUGGGCUGCAUGGAGCAGGGCUACCGGCUCCUGGCCUGGCGGGGCGGGAUGCCCGGGGCCGGGGCCGACAAGACGAGGAGGGCGGUCGCGAAGCCGCUGCUGGCGGUGGCGGUGACGGCCCUGCUCAGCGUGGUGGGCCUCCUGAACGCCGCCCGGCCCCCGGCCGUGAAGACGGUGGAGGUCCCCUUGCGUCAGCUGCCCCCGUCCAUGGACGGCUUGAAGGUGGUGCUGCUGUCCGACAUCCACCUGGGCCCCACCGUGGGGAGGACCAAGAUGGACCUGAUCGUGCGCACGGUCGAGGACCUGGAGCCGGACGUCACCGUGAUCGUCGGGGACCUGACGGACUCGGAGGCCUCGGUCCUGCGCCGGGCGGUGGAGCCCCUGGGCCGUCUGAGGUCCCCUCUGGGCACCUACUUCGUCACGGGCAAUCACGAGUACUACACGUCGGACGUCAACAACUGGUUCGAGCUCCUGGAGUCCCUGGGCGUCCGGCCCCUCCACAACGAGAACGUCAAGGUCACCAUCGCCGGGGCCUCGGCCGAGGGCACCACCGGCCGGGACUGGAUCUGCCUGGCCGGGGUGGACGACAUCGAGGCGGACAUCUUGCGCUACUCGGGCCACGGGAUGGACCUGAGCAAGGCCCUGGGGGACUGCGGCCCCGACCACGCCACCGUCCUGCUGGCCCACCAGCCCCUGGCCGCCAAGUGGGCCCUGCAGGCCCGGCCCGACAUCGACCUCAUCCUCUCGGGCCACACGCACGGCGGGCAGAUCUUCCCGCUGAACGUGGGGGCCUACCUGCUGAACCCCUUCUUUGCCGGGCUCUACAGAGUCGGGGAGAGCACCUUCGUCUACGUCAGCCCGGGUACCGUCUACUACGGGAUCCCCAUGAGGCUGGGCAGCCGGGCCGAGAUCACGGAGAUCAUCUUGCGUGCCCUCUGAGGGCGGGGGCGGGCGACUGUCUGUCUCCUCUGAGGGUGGGCGGCCUGUCCGUCUCCACCCCCCUCCCCCGACCCCUGCUACACUUCAGCCCUCAAACCCACCCCCUAACGGCACUUAGCGUGGCCUCAUGUUGCUCACUGAUGGACGCUCGCUCCCAAGCCCGGAUGGAGCAUAAAAACAGAAACAAAACACAAACUCCUGCUGAAUUUCUUUCUCUCUGGCUGGAGAGGAUAGGCUGGUGACUUGGUUCCAUUUGGGCUGGAAAUUUUUUUUUUUUGACUUAUAUGGAAGGUCAAGGAUAGCACGUUGUGAUGUCUGUAAAGGCUAUUUAGGGGGUGCCGGGGGGCAAGCGCCUUUUGUUCUCUUGUGCAAGCUCAUAAAACCACUUAUCCUUCUAUGGGAGAUAGCUCCCGGAGAUAGGAGCUGGGCAUUGGGGUCACCUCCACCCUGCUGUUGCAAUCUAGAGUGAAGAGAUAAAAUCCUGUAAGGGUGGGUCACUCACAGGUCCUUCUCUCGCUUUCCUGGUUUGAGCCUCACGUAGGCUGAUACUAAACCUCAGGUUUCCAAUCAGCGUAGGAUUUUGGGGGAAGAUUUUGGGUUCGGGGCACAGAUCUCUUGUGUGCAUGGGGAGGUGGUUAGACGUGUGUGAGUUUAGGGGGGAGCAUCUUAAAGGGUCGAAUCUUUGUUUUCUGUCUCUCUAGUUGCCCCCCCUCAGUUUAGCCGGCGCGGCCUUGUUCUUUUUAAAUCUCCUGCCUGGGGCCAGCCUAACUGGGAAGCGGGAGAGGGCGAGAUUCUCCAAACCCUUGGCCUGAGAAAACUGGGCCUUAUACGUUUUCCCUCAAGAAUGCUCCCCGAGGGCCUUUGGGACCUCCGAGAACGUUGACAACGUUCCCACGCGCCCAUCGUUUUACUUCAGUUUUGAACAGCCGGGCUAAACUGUUAAACGGCGGCUCUUUCGAUUAAAGAGAAGACAGGAAAAAAGCACACAUGCACGUUUUUUUGAGGACAACGUCUUUCUCUCGCCCUCCCAAGUUUUAAUUUGUCAGUCACAGGCCAAACACAGGAACUACAUCUAGUUUCUUUGGAGCUUGGGCAGAGCGAUUGGAGUGCUCCAGGGAGGAUAUUUUGUGGACAUUAUUCCUCAGACAGUUUGAGUCCAACUUUUCUUGGUUUGGCUGUCUGCCAGGGAAGGACUCUUAACUGGCCAGGCCAGUUUCACCCUGGAAGGGGCCUUCUGGUUCCUUCUCUCUAGUUGUGAAAAAUUGGAUGGCCAGUUACUAGCUGGGCUAGAAGCUGCUAUUGGCAAAAGUUUUUUUUAAUGAUAUUUAAGUGCUUAUUACGUGCCAGGCACUGUACUGAGCGUCGGGGUAGAUA